AUGUCUAUUCAACUUCCAGGGUCGGUCCUGAGCAGAACUCUGCGAAGCCGAUUGAUCCAGCAACGACUAGCGAAAGCAGGUUCAUACGGACUUAGUCGCAACCUAUCUCUGAACGGGUCACGGUCGUACUCCACCGAAGCCGCCGAAGAUACCCUCGCCGAUCAUGAACAAGAGACCUCCCCCAACCUUCCGCCGAAGGUAGAGACAAAUGCCAGCCCUGAGCCAUGGAAAGGCCACAAAGAACACUUUGCGAGUCAGAGGAAUUCUAAUGGUGGCAUGUCUUGGAGCCAAAGUGCCUCCAAGGCAGAGAGGGCUUCAUUGAUGGCGAUUGCCUCCAACUCAAAAAUCGACGGCGAAGACCCGACCUCCCGCAAGACUCUUGAGUUGGAGUUGAAAUGGCUAGCGGAUCCUCGUGCUCUGGCGGACCGGGUUGCUCGAAUUCUGCAAAGUGGCGAUGUGGCGAAAGCGGCCGCGCUGGUUAGGCAGGCACAGAGGGAGGGAAUGAGCUGCGGCGUCGCGUGGAACAACUUGCUUCAAUACUUUAUGGACCGCCAAUGUUCUAAGGCAGCAUUCAAGCUUUAUAACGAUAUGAAAAAACGAGGCCGCGCACCAAACUCUAGAACAUACACGAUUAUGUUGACGGGCUUCCGGAAAGCCGCGGAGGGCACGCCAAACGUAGUUCAGGAUGCGCUUCGUGUCUAUCGUUCAAUCUUCGCCGAGAACUCUCCAGUCAAGCCCGACAUCAUUCAUACCAACGCGAUGCUUUCGGUCUGUCAGCGACACGGUGAUAUGGAUACGUUGUGGCGUAUUGCGGGCGAGCUGCCAGAAGAAGGAUCACAGGCACCCGACAUGGUGACCUACAGCACUAUUUUGACGGCUAUUCAAUUCGCAGCCCAGAAAGACGUCUUAAAAAUGGAUCGCUCGGAAAUUGAGAAAAUUAUUGCACGAAAAUCUCAAAUGGUCACCGAGGGCAAGCGAAUCUGGGCUGAUGUUGUCUACCGCUGGGCAAAGGACAAGGUGAAUCCGUUGCCUAUUGAUAACAAUGUGGUAGGAUCCAUGGCCAGUCUGCUUCUUCAGGGUGCCAAUGAUCGCGACUUCUAUGACAUAUUUGCGCUCUAUAAUCAAACCACGGGAAUUCCCAUCUUCGGAAAAAUACCGGAGAACAACCCCAAGAUCGCGCACCGGAGAAUCUGGCGAGAGCUCGAACGAAGACCCACGACAGCAUCGGGCUCGAGUGUGGAAGAUGAUGUUCCAUUUGUCGAUCAGGAUAACAAUCUGUUGAAACGGGCCAAGAAAGAGACACUCGUCGAGGAAGAAGAGGAAGAAAGCUUCGACUCCCUCUUCGAUCCGAUAGUACCAGACUCUGAGAACCUUUCUUACCUUCAACCCAACAACAAGGAUCUUACGAUGAUCUUGGAGGCAUGUUUCAAAAUGACUCAAGGUGCCUCUACUGGCUCCGUCUACUGGGAUUACUUGACCAAACCAGAGAAUCCAGCCCGUAUCGAGCCUGACAAUCUCUCUUACAUGGAGUACUUCCGUCUGCUCCGUCUCACGCGGUCCAGUCACACUGCUACUCGUGUUAUGCGGGAGCAAAUGGUCCCCGCGGGCCUGGCGAACGGAAAAGCAUUCCAUGUGGCUCUAUCGUGCUGUCGCCGCGACCGCAAGAAUCGCAAAGUUCUCUUGCACGCGAACGAGCUUCUCGAUUUGAUGAAUCAAUCGUGUCUUCUCCCUGAUCCUCGCUCACUGGGAAACUACCUGGAAUUGGUCCAAAGGCUCUGCGACAACCCACACAGUCUCAUGUACCUUCUAGGGCUAGACAUGGAUACUGGACGCGAUACUCGCACUUUGCAAACCCUUGGCAAGAAGCUGCAAACCAAGCUACGUCUGCGUGCUCUCGCUACCCUUCGACCUCAUAUCGCCAAGCUUCAUGAGGCCAUGGAGCACGGGCAGUCUGGCGCUGCUCGUAAAGGUCGUUGGGAUACCGAUAUCGGUGAGCUCGCCACGGGACAAGACUGUGCCAGGAUCAUGGCAUGGGUGCGCCUGAUCACCGAUGAGACGUUGAAAACCGAAUUUGCCUUGUUCGUUACCAAAGAAGAGCGUAAAGUUCUCCAAUCGGAGUCGAAUACGCUGAAGAAGUAUUCCGACCAGGCGACGAUUCAGAAACUUACCGGAAAGCCUGUCAAGCCCACGGUAGAGCAGCGGAAUGAGUUCAAGCUCCGACAAUUGGAAUUGAGAGGCCCGCCCAAGACUGAGAAGCGGGUGUCUGAGACGCCUCAAGAACAGGUGGCAGAGCAGCCUGAAAAGCAGGCGGCAAACGAUGUUACCGAAGAUCCAUCACGCCUAUCUGAAAACCAAGUGGCCGAGCAGCCCCAAGAGAAGCCGCAAGAACAGGCUGCUAAGGAGCCUCUGGUGAUUGAGAAACUUAUCGAAGAGGUGGCAGAUCUCCCCAAGGAAGAGGCGACAACCCAAUCCGACGAGGUGGCAGGUCGAGGCCAAGAUCAAGCGGAGCCUACCAUGCCGCAGGGAGAAACCAAGUCUUAA